CCCGCCUCUGGAGAAGAGAACUUCCGCUUUGGACGGAGGGCAGCAGGCCCCCGGCUCCUGUUCCCACUGCCGGCCAGGCCUGCGGCAUCAGAGGACACGGCUCCCCAGGAGGCAGCUGACACAGCGUGGUGAUGAAGACCCCGAGGGGCGGCGUCCUGGCGCUGCUGCCGCUGCUGCUCCUGGGGCUGCUCGAUGUCUCCCGGGCCCAGAGCAGCUGCCCCGGGCACCCGACCAUCCCUGGCAUUCCAGGCAUCCCUGGCGUACCUGGCUCCGAUGGCCAGCCUGGGACCCCAGGGACAAAGGGAGAGAAAGGGCGUCCAGGGCUAGCUGGAGACCAUGGUGAGUUUGGAGAGAAGGGGGACCCAGGGGUCCCCGGAAAUCCAGGAAAAGUUGGCCCCAAGGGCCCUGCUGGCCCUAAAGGUGCCCCAGGGCCCCUUGGAGCCCCUGGCCCCAAGGGUGAAUCAGGAGACUACAAGGCCACCCAGAAAAUCGCCUUCUCUGCCACAAGAACCGUCAACAGUCCCCUGCGCCGGGACAUGGCCAUCCGCUUCGACAACGUCAUCACCAACGAGAACAACAACUACGAGCCUCGCAGCGGCAAGUUCACCUGCAGGGUGCCAGGCCUCUACUACUUCACCUAUCACGCCAGCUCCCGGGGGAACCUGUGUGUGAACCUCGUCCGGGGCCGGGAGCGCCCGCAGAAGGUGGUCACCUUCUGCGACUACGUCUACAAUACCUUCCAGGUCACCACAGGGGGUGUGGUCCUCAAGCUGGACCAGGGCGAGAGUGUCUUCCUGCAAGCCACCGACAAGAACUCCCUGGUGGGCAUAGAGGGUGCCAACAGCAUCUUCUCCGGGUUCCUGCUCUUCCCAGACGCGGAGGCAUGACCUGUAGGCUGAGCCACACCCACCCCGCCCCCCAGCAAGCAGCGCUCGCUCUACCCCCAACACCACCCCCUGCCUGGCCAAAGCACACAGUAGAGCUCAUGAAUGUUGCUGAAUGAAUGAGUAAAUAAACUUUUCAAGGCCAAGG